AUGGCGCACGAAGCUGCAAGCCCCAGCAUCAAGCAGGAGCUGUGUCGCCUGCGAGCUGGACUCACCGAUUCUCAGGCGCGGCAUAGAGACACAGCUUUGCUGCUGGAACGGCUUUCAGGCCAGAAUGCCGCGCUCCGCGCGCAGCUGAGGGAUUCCGAGGCCUCGGAGAUUUCGGAGCGCGAGAGGGGCGUCGAGAAGCUGCGACGGGAGACCCCCAGGCGCUGCCCCACGCCCUCGACGCCCUCGUCAGGACGUUCUGGGACGGCUGUGGAGGCAAAUGCCUUGAGGCACCGGGUGUGGCAGCUGGAGCGCAGCCUCGAGGAGGAGAAGCGCCGCAGCGCCUGGCGCUCGAAGAUCGGAGAAAACGAAAUGAAGCCAGACAUCGGGGGUUACGGUUCUUGA